AAGGAGGCCUUCAGUGAUGUAGAUAGUAAUGACAAGAUUCAAGGAUUUCUCAAGAAGGAUGAUCCAAAGAUAUUUGCAUUGAUGCAACAAGCAGAACUCCUCGGCUCGCUUGCACUCAAAGUAAAUACAGAGAACACUGAUCAGAGUCUUGAAAAUGCUUGGAAGGUUCUCCAAGAUUUUCUAAAUCAAACCAAAGAACCUGAUAUGCUCAGAUUCAAAGUGUCUGAUGUGAAUUUUCAACUCAAGAAUUUCAAAGACUUGGUAGAGGAGUUAAGGAGUAGUAAUGAGGGAGUGAGUUCAUUUUGGAGGCAACCUGCUUUAAAUGAGGAGUCCUCAGGCAGCUCCAGUUACAGUACUGGAUCAACUCUCUUUUCCCAUACAGCUGGUGAUAACACAGAACAAAGUCAAGCUGAGCUAGGUGCACUACAUCAAGAUCUUGGAGCUGAAUUACAAUCAAUUCAUAUAGGAGAGCAAAAUGGUAUUGGUGAUGCUGAAAAUGGAAUCCUCUCAGGUGAAACCACAAAUCAAGUGGAUGUCAUACCAUGUUUUGAUGAAUUAAAAUUCAAUCAUGGAGCUGUUUGUGCUUUAUCAAGUACAGAGUUCAGUUCGCCACUUCAAGUAACCCCACUAUUCAGAUCAUUGGCAGCAGGAAUUCCCAGCCCAAAAUUUUCAGAAAGUGAGAGGAACUUCCUAUUGAAAACACUUGGAAUGGACUCUACGUCUCCAAACCCAAGCACCAUCCCUUCACAACCUCCACCCUGCAAAAGGGCACUCCUGCAUAGUCUAUGAUCUAUCUCAUGAUUUGUCUCACAUACAGAAGGAUUUCUGUGUGGAUUUCAAACCCCCUAUAACUACUUAUCCAGAGUUUUUUGCAUUAUGUAGAGCUUUUACCUUCUCUUUUGGAGUUCUUUUCUUUUGAUCGCAGUCAUGCCGACCUGAGUUUUUAUAUAGAGGCAUACUAAGAUCUGCGUUUCGACCUAGAAUGUUAUGGUGCAUUCUAGAAGACUAGAACCCCUUGAAAGAUCUAACAACAGGGUCUGCCUUCUUCGGAGUUUUUUUUUCCCCCCUCUUUUGGUAAGUCAUUAUUUGGAGUUACAGCCACAACACACAUUGAUUUCCAGUGUGCUUUGAUUCAUUCUUUUGUCCAUUAUGGGUUUCGGAUAAGGUUUCGACUUCCCAUACUAUCCAGCCUUGAUUUGCCAUUUGUACAGAAGCUGCAGUAUAAUCCCUAGUUUUUUUUUUCCAGAGUGUAAUUAUAAAGAUUGGCACCUCGCCAAUAUUCCCCUUUAGGUAAAAGAUUGAAAGGAAAAUGAGAGUAGAGGAGGAUCAACCAGUUGAAUUGGACUCCUAUAUGUUUUCUUCUUGGUGUGCAGGGUAUAGAAUAAGUUUUCUUGAUGUUUCUUUUUUCCCUUUGGUUUUCCCUGUGAUGUGACUCUUAAUUAUUGGAGUGGAGAAAUUCAUAUGGUUCUUG